AUGGGACAAGUCGUAACUACAACAAGUGGUGGUGAAGAUGAAGAAAGCAAACCACAAUCAUCAUCAAGGCUCGCAUCACCAACUACUCUUCAUCAAUUUUCCGUUCACAAAGCGGCCUCUUCCUCUUAUCACUCUAAAAGUCCCAAUGAUAAUAAUAGUACAUGUAAUAUUAGUCAUAACACAAAUAUUCCUUCUUCAAGAAGACGAUCAUCACUUCCAACAUCAAAUUCUCAGUUAAUUACCUCUCAUCAAGUAUUCCAACCGUUGUCACCACAAAAUGGGAAACAGAUGAAGGCAUCGAUGUCACAUCACGUGUUACCAGUGACAGCUUCUCAUUCGGCAACAGCAACAGAAGAACACCAUGGUGAAUCUUGGAAUGAAAAUAUUGGAAAAAAUUUAUGGAAUCAACAACAAUCACUCGAAUCUUUGAAUGAUCAUUCACAUACUUCUUGUUCUCCAAAUCAACGUGAGUAUGAGAAUAAUGGUAACAACAACUCUUCAAAACGAAGUGAAUCAUUGCCUAUCCAAGGUGUCUCUAAUUCCUCUUCAAAUUUUCUACGAUCCAUGUCACAUCCUCAAAACGUAAAUCCCAACACUUCGAAAAAGAAAGUGGGCUUAAAAUCUGUCAUUGAUAUGAAAAAGAAUGGAUAUCUUACGACCAAAAGUGGUGAUGAACCAUCUGUGAAUGUGUCAGAUUCAGAGCUUUCUGACGAGUUCAGUUCAACAAAUCUCUCUCCUCAAGUUCAUUCAAAUCCAUAUCGAUUGAGUGUAGUCUCUUCGAAUAGUAGUUUGAGUGGCGGCUCCUCCUCCAAUAACCAAACAUCCUCCUCUUCUCCAAUGCAUAACCAUCACACCAAUAGCAGUAGUUCACUUAUACACGCUUUAUUUCCAUCACUUCCUAUUGAUAGGUCUAAAAUGAGUGAUGAAGAGUUUAACAUGUAUAAAGAAGUUGUCAGUAGGCCAGUAUUUGAAAAGAUUUUGAAGAGCAAACCUCUGAUAGCAAAGUGUGGCUACAAUGAAGAAUACAUGAAAGAAUUUGCAUUUGAAUUAUCAGAUGAGGAGGAAUUAAAAAGGACCUAUCUUACAACCGAUUGGGUCGAGACAGCAAAAUUACUGAAACGAACCAGAAGUGUCGAAGAUGGAUCAAUACCACUCUCCGUGUUACAACAACAUGCUUCGAUGAAUGAAGAAUCUAAUCAAUCCAAUGCUCCUCCUACUUCUGUCACACCAUCAGAUCCAACAUCUCCUUCCUCUGCUGCAGAAAAUAAUGAUGCCUCAUCGAAAGAAGUAAUUAUGCUUCCUACCAAAAGUUUAUUGGAUCAACCACAUUUAUCAAAAAGAGAUUCUAUUGCAUCGUUGGAGGAAGCUCUUGAAAAAAUGGUUUCGGAUAAGGAAGCUAAUACAGAUCUCUUAAAACAAGAGCUUAAAAUUAAGCUAAUUAUUACUGAAAUUGCAAGUAAUUCGUCACAAAAAACUCUACGUCAAUUUUUAUCUCCUGUUCUUCACAAGAUGAAUGUAUUACCUGAGAUUGGAUGGUUUCACUCUGCCAUUCUUGUUGGAAAAUGGAGAUUAGAUUUUAAUGAUAGCAGUGUGGUGAUUCCAAGAAAAUUGGUCAGUCAAGCUGCUGUCAUAACGACAGAUAUUGAAUCCAUAACAACCAUGCAAGAUUUGAACAGAGUCAUUGAUGGAAUGGCAAAAUGUAUUUGUAAAUGGAAUAGAAAUAUUACGUACAAACAAACUGGAGGCGACAGAGUGACAACAGGAAAUUGCCAAGAUUUUGUUGAAGAUUUACUUGAACAUAUAGGAGUGAAAAUGAAUCUUUCUGGAAGCAUGAAAAAGUUUGUAAAGCGAUUACGUAGAACAGGAAAGUGUUCUCUCGUUUUUGAGAUGGAUAAAAAGUUUAGAGAAUAUUUCAAAAUGGAAACGAAACGAGUGAAAUUUAAAUCGCACGAACAGCUCGACUUAUUUGUAAGGAAAUUACUCGAGACGUGCCCAACCUUUUCACAAACAUUUCCAGAUGAAUGGAUUUUGCUUCAAAGUUUUGAUCGAACAUAUUGGCUCAAACACAUGACAUACAGUCACAUUGAUGAAUACAAACCCUGUAAAGUCAUAAGAGACAACAGAGGUGUUCAAGACUGUCCAUUCCAUGAACCAGAAUUCAUUCAAAUUCUCAAAGACUAG